AUGGCACUCGGUUUCGUCAAUAGCCCUUCUCUGAUGCAGUCAACAGUCCGUCUUCACCGAAGGGCCAGGAGACGAGUGGGUUCCUUUGCCAAUCGACAGAACGUGGCUGCAGCGACGUCGCCCUCUGGUAACGGUGACGCGAUGCAGCCUCAGACCGCGUCGGCGCCAAGCGAACAGCCGUCUCGAGACAGACACCCGCAGCGACGACCUACCGCUGGGAAAGCUGAUCUCCGUGGCCAGCCGCUCACGUCACCGGCGAUGCUAUCGUUCUACGGUCGCCAGGAGAGCCUCUUUCGAGACGAUAGCGAUCGCGAGGCGCUCUUUCAGUGUCUCACGCAACCUCUGCCAACCUGUUUUCGUAUUGUGGCGGGGAAUCCGUUUAGCAAACUCAUCCAACAGCGGCUUGACCAAAAACUAUCGCUGAUAACGAGCGAUGCUGGUCUGGCUGCUGCUCGAGAACCUGGACUGGUUCCUGGUUCCACCGAGUCGACGAGUACGAUGACGACGACCACCGAGCGGACGCGCUGCGAAGCACCGUUUCCUUUGCCCUGGUAUCCGGAUCGCUUGGCUUGGCAAGUGAAUCUGCCGCGAGCGUUGCUUCGACGGGAUCCAGCACUUCAGUGGCUGCAUGAAUUUCUUGUAAAAGAGCACGAAUUCGGCAGUAUUCAUCGUCAAGAAGCCGUCAGCAUGAUACCACCUCUCGUGCUCGGCAUCGAGCCGGGGCAGCGUAUCCUGGACCUUUGCGCUGCUCCGGGCAGCAAGACAGCUCAGAUUCUGGAUAUGUUGGCGAGCGAACGUUCAGUUCCAUUCGAAGUAGCAAACAACACUCUACUCGUGGCGAAUGAUGUCGACCGAAAGCGAUGCUGGAUGCUGGUGCAUCAACUACAGCGAUAUGCGCUCGCGGGAGUCAUCGUCACCAACUUUGAUGCGUCCUCGUAUCCGACCAGAGGCCUGCCGUUCCGGUUUGAUCGGGUGCUCUGCGAUGUCCCCUGCACUGGAGAUGGUACGUUACGCAAGGCCCCGGAUCUGUGGCUGCGCUGGAAUCCCCACCAGGCUCGCUCCCUGCACCGCUUACAGACGCGAAUUGCCAUUCGUGGUAUCGAGGCCCUGGUGACCGAUGGUCGGGGUCGCAUGGUCUACUCCACGUGCUCGUUGAAUCCGAUCGAAAAUGAGGCAGUGGUUGCGGCGGUGUUGCGUCAUUUUGGAUCAGAUCACGUGGAGUUACUCGACGCUGCCGGAAUGAUACCCGCUAUCUAUAGGAGACCGGGUUUAUCGUCAUGGGAUCCUGGAUUCGAUGUCGUCGAUGAGACGUCGUCCAGCGCAGCGUUUUCACCGCCAUCAGCAGCGGAGCGGAGCUGGAUGCAUUUGUCGCGCUGCAUUCGAAUCAUGCCUCAUGAUCAGAAUACCGGAGGGUUCUUUGUGGCUGUUUUCCAUCGCAAAAAGCUGCCCGAGCAGCAUCUUAAUGAGCAGACGCAAGCGCACGCUGCAGCAGAGGGAAGCGCGCUCCAUACGCUCGACAGCAAGGCAGGAUCGGCAGGCGAGGGCUCACCUCAGCCGCAGAGUGCUUCGCGACUCGAGACCUCGGCAGGCUAUGGGGGCGCUUUGCGGCAGCCCUGCCGUCCGGCAGCUUCCCAGGGUGUCUUGGCCAGGGCGAGACCGCCAGCGGAGGCACAGGGUUGCCCUUUUCUAACGGACGGCAGCAGGGAUGCUCACGACGAGGAUCACUUGGGAGCGAAAGCGCGCAAAUCUCCGCAUCCCAGGUCGCGUUCCGGAGCAGCCGAGCCACAGUCUCCUGGCACCGGGGAUGCACUCGUAUCAGCGCUUUGCCCGGGACGCUGUCCUGAGGCGUCAGCACCAGUGCCGGGAGCUGGUCAGCAAUGCGGGAACGAGUCGUUCUUGAAUAGCAGCUGGAGGUCGACGCAGCACGCCGGGGAACCUGAGCCAGUCCACACAUCGAAUGCGUCUCCUGCGCAUGUGCCUCUGCCGAUGCUCGACAGAGACAGAAUGCCGAGCACGGCGAUAUCAGCCGCCGCAGGAGUCGUCCAAGCGGAUUUGAUGGGAUUUUCGAAUGCAGCUGGUUUCAAUGAGGUUGGUGCUGAACAGCAACGUAAGCAGGAACGGUGUUCGCCAGAAAAGAAUCGCAGCGACGACAACUCCAACAAGUGCACCACAACAGGAUUUGCGGACCUUUGGAGCGUUUCCGAAACCAGUGCCCCGAUCAAGAGAGGCGGUCGCCGGGUGGCGCACUCGGAACCCUCGAAUGUGCCUGGAUCAGCGAAGGUUCAUGCUGCUGACGAUGCUGCCGCGGUUACCUUCGAGAUGCCGACGGCUGAAAAGCGAGCCGCUGAUGAUGGCACGCAAUCUGGAUCCGACGAGGAUCAUGCUACUGCUGUUGUUACCGCUUCACCUGCAGCAAGCUCGGAAACGACGCCCGUUGGCACGCCUUCGGAGAGCUCGCUCUGCUCGCACCCAGGGCCGUACGCCCACCGCAUGCGAGGCCCUCGGGACCCGCCUUUGAUACCGGUACGACACGUUCCCUUUGGUGCCAUUGUCGUUCAACGCAUUGCAUCAAGCUACGGAAUCCCGGUGGAGAUCCUGGAAGCACACCUCUACUGCCGUGUCUACCUUGACCAGUGCAGUGCUUCGCCUUCUAAGCGCCUUCGAGUAUACUGGCUUCCGGAAGCGGUGCGCUCUGUACUUGCAUCUCACGAGCAUCGACCGGAACGGAUCCUUUUCGCUGGCAUCCGAGCCUUUGAAGCCAUGGAACUUCGCCAAGCACCACAAGGCGCCGCUGACGGAAACGCUGACCUGUGGUUUCGAAUCGCCCACGAAGCGAUCCCGACCCUGCUCCCGUACCUUCCCGAGGCCAAAGUUGCAACGCUUACACAAAGCGACUUGAGGAACAUGAUCAAAGAGAUCCUUCAGGGUCGACUCGGCUUGCGCAUAGCGAUGCUGGCGGAGUCACCAACACGACGCACGCUGGAGGAGUACCCUCUGGGACCCAUGAUCCUGCGCGGGGCACUCGUUGCUGCUGUCACUGGCAGCUCCCCGGUGGACAUUCCGCUGCUAUUAUCGUCGUGGAAGACAAGCCCCCAGUUUAUCAGCCUCUUCUUGUCCCGUGAAGAGCUCGAAGCGAUUCGGCGGGCGAUGCCUUUUCUCGUGGAAGACGGUACGACGGAUUCAUCCGCGAAGGAUCCUGCCCAGGCGCUGGCCUGCGAGUAG